CAACUGAUACUGUAAAGACUGGGAACCCGCGCUAAGGUUCCCUUGGUAAUACCACUCUUGCAUUGCAGGUGUUUUCGCACUUUUCACAACGGGCCGUUGACAUAACCUAGAGUCAGGUAGUGCACACCUUUUCCUUAUCUACCCUUCCAUCACAUAACCUCCCAACUAUGGUGGGGACAGUGAGCUGCAGUGGGAGGAAUAUUCGUGACCAGUGUGUUGUAGAUGUGGUGCUCACCCGGUAGCUUCGUUAGAGCGAGCGACAUCGCUGGACAUAAGCAAGGCUCCCCGAUUCGAGUCCUGGCGAUGGCAGUAAAUGCUUUCAGACCUUUUCUCAAACUUUAUCAGUUUUUAUACCUUUGCCGGUUCCUUGCUGUGCAUAUUUGAGGAAAACAAUGUGUUUGCCUGGUCAGGAUGCACGCAGGUCGCAGAGAAAACUAAAUUAUCUGUUGAUGCGUCAUGUUUGUCUCAACCAGAGAGAAUUCAAGCAGCUGCUGAAGCAGAAAGGAUUCCAAGUGGACCAUUUCGAUGUAGUGCGCUUCAGAGACCAGUAUGCUCGCGUGGAGGUCUUCUACGAGGAGCUGAAUUUUGAAAAUAUUGUCCAAAAGCCGGCUUACGAGCCGGAAAACCUGUUGGCUGACAUGGGAGGCCAGCUUGGCUUGUGGCUGGGAUUCUCAGUGCUGGCAAUUCUCGAAAUCAUCGAGUAUCUCAUCUACAUGCUGCUUGUUGCCUUGGGCAAGGUCAAGUUGCCAGACGAAGAAGACUAUCUGAAAGCCAGGGAUGAUUAGAAUGCGCAGAGGGCAUCAGUUUAACGCUGAACGGCUGCAGGCUUCCGUCAGUCGUUCUACUCGACCACAGGUUAAAUUUUAAUUUAAUAUUAAAAAAUAUAGUUCUAAGUGCAGUUCAACUUGACCACACAGAAAAUGUCAUGAGCACAGAUUAUUUCAUGGAAUUGUACAUAUCAUUAUGGCACCAUGUCCACGCGCAGAAUAUAUAACCUAGCCUAGACCUUCACAGGAGAUCUAUAUAAACGGCUAGCCACAACAUUCCAGGAUCACUUACUAUGUGGAUUUAAACUCUAGCAUUAUCUUGGUUUAAAUGUUGUACUUUUCUUAUUGUUCGCGAACUCCAAUGCAGCCACUUAGACAGUUACGCCUACGUAAUUACACUUUGAUUUAUUCGCAGUGAAGAAGAGACUGUUAUUGGUGUGUUGGAGUAAAGUUUCAUAAAUUUUGACGUUGAUCAUCACAAAAUAGAAACAGCACAUGUAAUAGAUCACUAAGCAAAGUCACACUCUACCGCACAAGGCUUUCACACUGCACUGGUCUACUCACUAGUGAUAAUACACUGGUGUCAAUGUGAGAUCAUUCACAUCAGCGGGAGCCUUUUUGUUUUAGCAUAC